AUGUCAAACUCCUCAAAGCAGGCUGUCAAAAGUUCCGACAAGAAUUCAAACAAAAAGCCGACCAUCGCCUCCGCCUGCAACCGAUUCUGGCGCAAGAAACUAGUACCGACAAACACCAUCGCCUCCAGGCCACCUCGAGGAUGGCACAGAGCCAGAUCCAAUCAGUCCGUCAAAGCCCUAAAAUGGCUAGCCUGGCAAGAACACUCGCUACAACAUCCCGACCAAGGCGAUCGAAUCCGUACCGUACGAAACGGAGGUGAAGUCCGCCUAUCCAAUUACCUCGUCGACGGUUACGAUCCCACAACUCGAACCGUCUACGAAUUCUACGGAUGUCUAUGGUACGGGUGUCCUCGCUGUCUCCCGCUCAACCCAGACAGAUAUCCCAUCUGCCACACCGAUCGCACUCUACAGGAAGUCUACGAGUCCACCCUCAAGAAACACGCCCUUUUCAGGCAACACGGCUACCAGCUCCACAUCAAGUGGGAAUGCGAGUGGGACAUGGAGGUCAAAACCGACCCAGAUCUCCGUCAGUUCAUAGACACGUUCCAAAUCGUCGACCCGCUCGAGCCCCGAGAAGCCUUCUUCAGAGGUCGCACGAACGCCGUCAAACUGCAUCACGUGAACAACGUGACCCAAGGAGAGAAAACCGAGUACGUCGACGUGACGUCGCUCUAUCCCUGGGUCAACAAGGAAUGCGAAUACCCCGUAGGACAUCCGCAAGUCAUCGUCAACCCCGAAGAUCAAGACAUCCACCACUACUUCGGAAUGGCCAAAGUGGACAUACUACAUCCUCACGAACUAUCCCAUCCCGUUCUACCCUUUCGGCACGGAGGUAAACUCACCUUCCCACUCGGCCGCUCGUGCAUGGAAAACGAAAUGAUAAAACCCCUCCUAGAGAAAUCUCAUCACUGCCCUCAUACAACCGAGCAACGCACACCCCGAGGGACCUGGUGCACACCCGAAAUCCAGAAAGCCGUUGCCAUGGGAUAA